GACGGGUCUCGGAGCUGCUCGAGGUUUGUUCCAGGCAGAGCGAUGUUGUGGUGAUGGCGGUCGAAUGCUUCGGAGCAGGAGGCGAGAUUUCGCUCGAGUCCGCCAUGGCCUCGUGAUGGAGAGGGCUCCGCGGAGCGCACCUCUGUCCCGAUUGCGGUGACGGCGGGGGGUUCAUGCUCAAGAGGAAUUCGAGAGCCUCGCAAUCCCGCUGCCCCAGCCCAGCUCUCAGCGACGCGCGCAACGAUGCUCUGCGUGUCGAAUCGUCAGUCGGGCCUAGCUCGUAUGCAUUCUUCCGCGCGCGCAUGGAGACUCUCUGCGGCGUCCGGCCCAUCGCAGCUCAGAUUUGAUUAUUCUGCGCGUCGGAUGGUCUCCGGAGACAGCAGCAGGGGUUUUGCAUCACCGAAUCACCGGAUUCCUCCGUUGAAAUUGAGUUUCUCCAGCUGCUGGCACUUGUCCCGGAAAUAUGGCAGGGUCGGGGCGGAAGGGUUUAGGGAGUCGGGCCGUAGAAUCGCCACGACGAGAAUUGUUGGAAGUAAAUUCGACAGGGGAGUUCGGAGAGUCGGACGAAAGAGGACGAAAUUGGAGGACGGAAUUCAGAAAGGAUUCAAGAAGGUUGGAUUAGAGGCGCAGUACAAUAACCUGCCGCAGUGGUCCGGAGCUGUGCCCUAUGUAGUGGUGGGCUUGGAGACCGUGUUCAUGGUCACCUGGGCUGCAGGCUUGAGGGGAAGAACUCUACAGGUCGGUGUGGACUACUUGUCCGGGGACGGCCUGCUGAUCAUCAUGCUGGGAUUCAAUUUCGUCGUCGGCUGGCUCGCUUCCCAAGUCAGCACUUGGAGAGUUCAAAGGCUGGCCCCGAGUUUGCUUCCUCGAGAAAAGAGAAGCAAGACGAAACCAGGAUUCUUUGAUUUUCUCGUUUCCUUCUGGAUCAACUUCAUUCCCUUCGGCAAUUUUCUGGCCUGGCUGAGAACUGCUGUGAAGGAGGGGCGGGCGGAGAGUGCAGCCAAUGCUCUGGUCUACAUCGUGCCGUCCUUGUUCAGGCUGGUGCUUUGGACCCAGGGCAUCAGUCUCGGCCGAGUAGAGCAGGUUGCCUGGUUGCUGGGCGCAAUCCAUCGCCCUUACGAUGCUGCUCGACUUCGCAACGACAGACUGAUAGCGGCUGUAGAGUUGAGGCAAGAAAAAGCUUCGAGGGAGAAGGAUGGGAAGGAUGCUCUAUCCGAAGAACCUCAACCGAAAGAGUUGACUCUCGAAGAGAUGGCCAUCAUCCAGCAAAGAAAGGAACUCGAAGAGUUCGAUAUGCUGCUGGCCAAAAGCACGAAUUCCACCUCUGCGAUUCCAGGAUCUCCUGAAGAUUGGUCGGUAGGUGAUGUUUUGCAAUGGUUGGCGAAGGAAGGUUUCGCAAGAUAUGCCACCAACUUCGCCGAGAACGACAUAGAUGGCUCAGUCCUGAUGCAGCUCACCAUCGAAGACUUAAGAGACGAGCUUGGGAUACAAAGCCUUGGAGAUAGGAAGAAGUUCGAGAAGUCUAUUGAACAGCUGAAGUCGAAAGACUGGAGAUAACGUUUAGGCUCAUCAGAUUGUAAAUACUGUAGUGAGAUUAAUGCUCGAGAGCACAUUUCAUUUUCCGAAAAAUUUGAGCCGAUCUGCGGAAGGAGCUCUGUAAAUUUGUACUUUCAAAUGUCUCAUCAUUGUACGAUUCAAGUCCCAUGUGUGAAGACGUGGGAAUCCAAUGACAUAUUAUUCUUGGUUGGGCAGUCAAUAUCAUCCAAAUGUACAAAGCCACACCCUGUGACGUUCACUGCGGUUCUGCAGAGAAACAAGACAGAAAAGUCGUUUUGACAAGAUUCUCUCCUG